AUGUCAAGUCAGAUGAUUACUGUUAGUAUUGGAGGUGUUCUUGUUUCUGGAAUUCAUGCUCAUGUGGGGGUGGUUCAAAGAAGAUUUUUAUGGAGUGAGAUGGAACUCAUAAGUGACUUAAAGCAGCCUUGGCUUGCUAUUGGGGAUUUCAAUUCCAUAGUUUCUUCUGAUGAGAAGAUUGGUGGAAGAGCAACUAAUAGAAGAGUGAUGCAAGAAUUUAAUACUUGUCUUGAUAAUUGUGAAUUAAUUCAAGCUCCAAAGUCUGGGUUACAAUUUUCUUGGUCAAACUGUCAACACGGGAACAAAAGGAUUUUGAGUGGAAGUGCAAGCAUACCCAAGCCUUCUAAUAUACCUUUUAAAUUUCAAAAAAUGUGGUUAAGUCAUCCAGGUUUCAUGGACUUAGUGUCUAAUUGCUGGAAUGAAGAUAUUGUUGGUGAUCCAGCGUUUGUUUUAUUACAAAAAUUAAAAAGAUUGAAGAAUAUCCUGAGAGACUGGAAUUGGAAUAUGUUUGGUAAUGUCCAUGUCAAAAUUAAAGAAGCUGAAGAGGAAGUUCAGAAAGCAAUGAAAUUAUCAGAUAACAAUCCUACUGAUGCUGCGAUGCUGAACAAUUUGGUUAUGGCUGAAAAUAAUCAUAAUUCUAGAGAAAUUAGGCAAUCAAGAAAUUUCAUUAGUAAACUUGAAGAUAGUAAUGGUGAUAUAAUUUCAGAUCAAAAGAAGAUAGCAUAUACUUUAGUAAAUCAUUUUGAACAAAAAUUCCAAUUUCAAGAAACUGAAGAAGCUGAUUCUCUCCUUGAAGUCAUCCCUGAGGUUAUUACUAAAGAAGAUCAACAAAUGCUUGAUGCAGUUCCAAAUGAAGAAGAGAUAAAGGAAGCUAUCUUUAGUAUGAAUCCAAAAAGUUCGCCUGGUCCAGAUGGAUUCUCAACUUGUUUCUACAAAGCUUGCUGGCACAUAAUUCAUACAGUUUUUGUUCAAGCUAUUCGAUUUUGCUGGCAAAGAAGAUUCAUUCCAAAAGGGCUUAAUUCAAAUUUUCUAGUUAUGUUGCCUAAAGUUGAAGGUGCUAAAUCUCCUAAUCAUUUCAGACCAAUUGGUCUUAGUAAUGUCAACUUUAAGACAAUUACUAAAAUAAUCAAUACAAGAAUGAGUUCCUUGAUGACUAAAAUGAUAAGUCCUCAGCAGGUGGCUUACAUUAAAGGGAGAAGUAUACAAGAGCAAAUCAUUUUAGCUUCUGAGCUAGUAAAUGGAAUGAGGAAAAAGAGAAGAGGAGGAAAUGUAGCUCUGAAACUUGAUAUUUCUCAGGCAUAUAACUCAGUAAAUUGGCAAUUCUUAUUUCAGGUUCUUAGCAAGUAUGGUUUCUCAACAUCUUGGUGUCAGUGGUUGCAAACUUUGUAUGAAUCAGCAAAAAUUUCUGUUAUGAUAAAUGGUGGACCACAAGGAUUUUUCUCUGUUGGUAGAGGACUAAGACAGGGAUCUGGUCAGAUUAUUAAUAAAACCAAAAGUAAGUUGUUCAUUGAUGGAACUUCAGUCGUGAGGAAGAAUCAGAUAAAGGAUCUCAUGCAAAUGGAAUUAAGUCACUUCCCUGAUAAAUACCUUGGUGUUAUACUUGCUCCUGGAAAAUUUAAAGUAUCCACUGUGUGGACAAUGGUAGAAAUGAUUCAAAAGAAGUUAGCAUCUUGGAAGGGAAAACUUCUUUCUUUUCAAGAUAGAGUGGUGCUUAUAAAAUCAGUUUUGUGCAGCAUUCUAUUAUAUAAUAUGGCAGUAUACAAAUGGCCAUCAUCUGUCAUUAAGUGGGCAUGGAGUUCUUUAAAAGACAAUAUCAAAUGGUGUAUAGGUAAUGGCAAUAAUAUCAAUGUCUGGUUUGAUAACUGGAUUGGUGAUACUCCUUUAAUUGAGAAAGUAGGCAUGCAUGACUAUGCAAAGAACAAUUUAAGCAUGAAAGUUUCUCAGUUGAUUCAGAACAAUCAAUGGAAUAUUCCUUCAGAACUGCAACAGAUGAUCACCUCUAUGAGACUGUCUGAUAUUGUUGGAGAGAAAGACUUACUCAUUUGGACUGGUCAUAUGCAAGGUAAAUUCACUACUUCCUCAGCAGUUUCAAUUUUAAGACAUAAAGAACCUAUUCUCGAAUGCUCUAAGCAUAUAUGGAACUAUUUUCUACAUCCUAGCACAACAAGUAAUGUCUGGAAAAUUAUUCAAGGUAUUUAUGUUAAUGAUCCUACAAUGGUUAAAAAUGGAUAUGAUAGCUUCUAG